CUCCCUCUUCUGUGAUUAUGAACAACUUGCUGUGUGCGUGGAUAGUAUAGUAGAGGUCAGAUGAAUAGGCUGGUGGGGUGUGACGUCGAUAAGUGGGCAGCAAAUCAGCCGUGAGUGUGGCGGAGGGGCUGGCAACCCUGAUCUCAAGCAGAAACAAGAUGCUGAUGAUGCUGCUGAAAUUCAAGACGUAUUGACGAUGGAAGUCAAAGUAGUUAGAAGAGAAGUAGGUGAGAAAUGAACAAAGAGGAAAAAGGAAGAGAAGAAAAGAGAAGAAGAAAAAGAAGUGGUCAAAUAAUAAGAGCGAAAACAAGAAAAAACCGGCCCCUCGUGCCUCGUAAACGCGGGCGCUUCGCUCAGCUGAAGUGGGGGAUUGGCAAAGAUUGGGCCGCCUUGGGGAUCAGCUGCGGGCGGCGACAAUUAAGAAAUUCAGGUACUUUCCCCCUGAUGUCUUCGAUCAUAGGCAGAGAGUCCUCGAAUUUACGCGAAGCUCGACCCCCCCCUUCAUGCAGAAGCGCUGAAGCUACUACUAUAGAGUCGAAUUAAACAUUCUGUUUAUAGAACAAUUGACAUGGCGG